AAAAACCUAGUGUAAACACGGCCGUAAGUCGGCCUAGUCUCUUGCUCUGCGGUGAGGACGAACUUGCAUAUGGUGCGACGGAUGCGCAUGGGCUGGGGGUAAUGAUUUGCAGAGCUUCUACCUCGAGAACAAGUGUCACACGGGGCCGGAAAAUGGCAGGGUGGUAGAGAGAAAGAGAUUGUUACCGGGGGCUCGACGGCGCCACGCCUCCCGAUCUCCUCCGCCGCCUACCGACCGACAGCGGUGCCUCCGCCUCCCUCCGGUGAAGCUCCCCCGAGCGCUGCGCCUCCAGGUCCCUCUGCCCUCCGGCGACGGCCGACGGCCCGGCGGCCGCCCCCCUUGCCCCUAGCUCCACCCCGCCUGAAGCUCCCGCCCCCUCCGGCGACGGCGACGCGACGGCCCGGCGGUCGUCUUCCUCCUCCGUCGACCAGGUUUGAUCAGGAGUUUGUAAGAAGCUCCUGGAUUAUAACUGAUCAGAUGCUUGGGCACAACAAUAUGUCGCCCAACAGACUAGAGGUCGUGCUGAUGCUGUUGAUGCUCAUGGUUUACAAUGCUUCAGGAGCAUUUGUUGGUAUCAACAUUGGCACUAACGUGUCAGACCUGCCAUCAGCAUCAGACAUAGUCUCCAUCCUUAAAGCCAAGAAGAUUCAACAUGUUCGCUUGGUUGAUUCAAACCAUGAGAUGCUAGUCGCCCUUGCAAACACUGGAAUUGAAGUGAUGGUUGGUGUGCCAAAUAAUGAGCUGCUCCGUGUGGGGCAAUCUCGUCCGACAGCUGCUGAUUGGAUUAACAAGAAUGUUGCUGCCUACAUUCCAGCAACAAACAUCACGUAUAUUGCCGUGGGUGAUGAGAUUCUUACUACUGUCCCAAAUGCAGCUCUUGUUCUAGUACCUGCAUUGCAAUUCCUCCAAUCAGCACUGUUGGCUGCAAACCUCAAUACCCAGGUGAAACUAUCAAGUCCUCAUUCAAUGGAUAUGAUCUCUAAGGCAUUUCCUCCCUCUGCUGCCACUUUCAACUCGACAUGGAGCUCAAUAAUGUUACAGUAUCUUGGAUUUCUGAAGAGGACAGGAUCUUCCUUCAUGCUGAAUGCUCAACCGUACUAUGGCUAUGUGAAAGGGCAAGGUGUAUUCCCUUUAGAGUAUGCCCUGUUUCGAUCACUCAAUCCCAACAGUCAGAUUGCAGAUCCGAACACCAAUUUGUUCUAUACCAAUAUGUUUGAUGCUAUGGUUGAUGCCACAUACAACUCAAUGAAAGCAAUGAAUUUCACCGAUAUUCCUGUAAUGGUCACAGCUUCUGGUUGGCCAUGGCAUAGUGCACGCAAAGAACCGGCUGCGGAUGUUGAUAAUGCUCUGGCCUACAAUACAAAUCUCAUACGCCAUGUACUAAAUAACUCUGGUACCCCUAGCCAGCCAAAUAAUCAAGUAAGCACAUACCUGUUUGAGUUGUUCAGCGAGGAUCUUCGGUCAGGAUCUGUUUCGGGGGAAAGUUGGGGGAUUAUGUUUACCAAUGCAAGUGCAGUGUACUCCCUGACAUUUGAAGAUGUGGCUACAGCUAGUACUGAUUCACCGGCUCUGCACGGGAUGUUUUGUGUGGCAAAUUCAAGUGCACCCCAUAGUGCAUUGAAGCAAAGUUUGGAUUGGGCAUGUGGCCCUGGUUCUGCAAACUGCAGCGCAAUUCAACCUGGGCAGCCGUGCUACAAACCAGAUGACAUUGUAGCUGUUGCUUCGUAUGCUUUCAAUGAUUAUUAUCAUAGAACGCAAGCAAGUGGAGGAACAUGUAACUUUAAUAGCACAGCAACGAUAUCAUCUACGGAUCCAAGCCAUGGUUCAUGUAAAUUUGCAGGAAGCACCGGUGUCAAUGGCAGUGGUAUGGCUUCUGGACCUGUGAGCCAAGAUAGUUCCGCUUCACAAUCUCAAUCUUUCUGGUUGACUUGGCUAAUCGCCAUGCUGCUGCCUGUUCUACUUCUCAUGUAAAACAUUGUAACCGAACGUUGUAUUUUGGAUGAGAUGCGUGAGAUUUGUUGCGCCUCUUGUUGUUAGAUAGAAAGGGGGCCCAUUUGUCUCACUUUAUUGAGGUGGUAAAUGCCAUGUACUCCCUCUGUAAAUAAAUAUAAGACCUUUUAGAUCACUACUUUAGUGAUCUAAAACGUCUUAUAUUUGUUUACACAGGGAGUGUCUCUCAAUUUUAGUUGUACUAGAAAUGAACAGGCAAGGUGCACUAACUUUCAAUGUCAAGCUGGGAAACUUCAA